AUGGCUCUUAGUUUUAUCGGCAAACCUAUAUCUCUCAUAUCUCACUCAGAUGUUCGUUAUAGAGGCAUUUUAGCGGGUAUUGAUCCUGCUGCCUCGACUAUCCAAUUGUCAAAUGUGUAUUCUAUGGGAACCGAGUCACGGCGACCUCCAACAGAGUUCAUACCUCCUGUGCAAGAACCCUACCAAUACAUCAUCUUCCGUGCUUCAGAGGUCAAGGAUUUAGCGGUGGAUGAACCCGCUCAGCAGCAACGUCGCAACGUCCAUGACGACCCAGCUGUCAUUGGGGCUUCAGCACCACCCAUCGCCGCUCCCGAAUCGUACUCCUCAUACCCAACACCCGCAGCGCCUGCCGCGCCUCCACCCAGCUCUCAACAGCCUCUCCAACAACAACCCCACGUCCCACCAGCCCAACAAGGCUACCAACCACGUCAACCGCAGCAAGCAGCAACACCCACGCCUGCCGUCGUCCUCCCACAGUCCCAAUCCUCCGGCCCAGCAACCGCCGCAGCUGCAGUCCGUGGCGGGCACCAACAGCCCCGACGCGCGCCCAACCCCGUGCAUACGGCUGCUGCGUCCUUGGAAACUGUAGAACGUGCCCUGGGCGACCUUCGUGUCGGUGCAGAUACCUCUGCGGCUGUCUCUGCACGCGGUGCUCACGGGCAUGGGCAUGGUGGUCGUGGAGCAGGCGGAGGUGGCCGACGAGGCCGCGGUCCUCGCCCAGACGCUGCUGAGCAUAUCAAAGUCCCCACUACGGAUUUCGAUUUCGAGAGUAGCAAUGCAAAGUUUGAUAAAGCUGCUUUGUCUCCUGGUGUCAACGGAAGCUCUGCAGCUGCGUCGACGGUAGACGAGGGCAGCAGCGAAGGCGGCGAAGCGAAAGAGAAAGAGAAAGAAGCAAGCGCAGAGAAGGAGAAGGAAAAAGCUGCAGCUGCUGCUUAUAAUCCGCAGAAAUCGUUCUUUGAUUCUUUAUCCUCAUCUGCGGCUACCCCUCCCCCGCCUGCGAUGAAUGGCGGGCAUGGGGGUGGGAGGGGAAGGAGGGGAGGUGGUGGGUUUGGAGCUAUGGGCCGGAAUAGGAGGGAAGAGGAGAGGGAGAGGAAUGUGGCUACUUUUGGGGAGCCUGGGGGUGUGGGGCUUAUGGGCCCUGGAGCGUAUGUGGGUGGAUGGGGAGGGUAUGGGAGGAGGGGUGGGCGUCCGAGGAGGGGUGGACCUGCGGGGAGGGGUGGGCAGGGACAGGGACAGGCGGUUCCUGCAAGGGGGUGAGGACAGGGAAGGAGGAGUUGUAUAAAUAGUGACUUGUGUGGCUGCUUGAAAGGUAAAAUUCGCUCUGUGUAUGGUUAGGUAGGCCUUGGGGUCUUGCAAAUACUUGUUGAGGGUCUACGUAGUGAGCAUGAAAAGGAUGCGUUGUUUUCGAUU